UCUUGAGCGAUGACGUUGACGUUGCCCGACUCGUACAUCUUAGUUUGUGCAUUUGGAUUUUUUCGUUGCACUACGUCAUAUUGUUGGGUCUGGCGCUAACGUUUUAGCCUCCUCCACAAGGAACAUCAACCUGCGUAUCUCGUGCUGCACAAUGUACAUUACAAAGUAGAAGUCGACGCACACUUCUCAUUUACACGAACAAAAAUUCAUUAUAUAUUCUGCAAAUCAUCGCCUUCAAUUUGAAAAUAUUUCAGCUGGAAAAGGUGUUUUUUUUUCUGGGCUACAACAUCGAGCUCCAGGGAUAGCUACUCUCUUCGAGGGGACAAGAAGAGUUUGUAAGUACUUCAUAUCAAAACACUUUGAAAUCGACACGGGAAUUUAAGCGAAGAUGAGUCGCGCCGUGCUCCAAGUUUUCGAGGAGUACCAGAAGGCUCGGGUGACCUUCGUCCAGACCGUCGCAGACCUGGCCACAAGACCACAAAACAUCGACGCCUUGCAGAAUGCAGGAGUAUUGGAUUGAUUUUCCUCGUUUUCAUGAAUUUGAAUCUAUCGCUUAUGGAGAGUCGUGCACCUUCAUAUUGAUGAUAUUACGCGAAAAAAACAAGAAAUUAUCAACGCAAAAACUCAGGUUAUGGCCUUGUUGCGACCUCUUCUGCUCGAUAACGUCGCAUCAAUCCAGCAGUCCGCAGCGCUGGCAUUGGGACGACUCGCCAACUACAGUGAUGAGCUCGCAGAAAGCGUCGUUACACACGAGAUUUUGCCGCAAUUAGUGUACUUAUGAUUCCGUUUUUGUGCAUAACAAGUCCAAGAGUGAGCAGUGUUAGACUCAUUUUUCGCACUGGGGUGAUUCUUGGUAGCAAAAUGAAUCGUACAAAAUUUCUUGUCCUCCGAAUGACAAAACGCAGGUUCUCAUUGUCCCAGCAAAACCGAUUUUACAAGAAGGCCGCGGCAUUUGUUUUGCGAGCAGUGAGCAAGCACAGCCCACAGCUGGCACAGGCAGUCGUCGAUAGCGGUGCUUUGGACGCACUCGUAUUUGCUUUUGUUGUUUUUCGUUUUCCUAACAUAAACAUCACAGAUGGACAUGGAGAUGCACCAGACUACCUCUAACUUCCUCUCAUUUAGUUGCAACGCAAACAGAGGAACCGGGUCCGGGCAAGACCGAAAGUAGAAGUCCUCGUUUCGCAUUGCAACAAGUGCCUCUACUACCCAUUUCUCAGGUGACCUGCCUGGAAGAGUUUGACCCAAGCGUAAAGGAAGCCGCCGCAUGGGCGCUGGGCUACAUCGCCCGACACACCAAGGAGCUCGCGCAGACGGUCGUGGAUGCCGGUGCAGUGCCACUGUUAGUCCUCUGCUUCCAGGAGCCAGAAAUCACUUUGAAGCGAAUUGCGGCCAGCGCCAUGAGCGAUAUCUGCAAACACUCUCCGGAAUUAGCGCAGACGGUAGUUUUUGGUUGUUAUUGAUUGUUUUUACGAUGAUCGCGUACUAGUACCUGACUGCACGAUGAUGAUUUUGAGUUGAUCAUGCUUUUCUUGUUGUAAUGCCGAUAGCUUGGUGUUGGUAUGUGUAGAAAAGCUAGCGACAAAAUCCAAAUUUCAGGUCCAAGAUGCGGGUGCCGUGCCAUUAAUUGCCAAGGAUAUCUCCCAUGUGGAUGCCCCAUUGAAGAGACAGGUGUGCUCCUGCCUCGCGCAAAUCGCAAAACACUCCGUCGAUUUGGCGGAAGUGGUACUGGAUUACUUGCUCGUUUUUUUGUUUCAUAAUCUCCGAUUAGGAAAAUCGAAAAUGUGGUGACUAGAUUUGUGUUUUUCUCAUUCAGAUUCAGUUGUUGUUCUAUCCUAUCUUCUUCGAAACCGAAACCAGGUCGUCGAAGCAGAGAUUUUCCCGCGCAUCUUGCACUGCCUGAAGGACGUGGACGAGUACGUGAGAAAAAACGCCGCGACCUGCGUCCGCGAGAUCGCCAGACACACCCCGGAUCUCGCAAAGCUCAUCGUCAACGCCGGCGGUGUCGCCGCCAUGGUGGACUACAUCACCGAGGCUAGGGGCAACAACCGACUGCCCGGUAUCAUGACCCUCGGGUACGUGGCGGCCUUCAGCGAAACCCUGGCCUUGGCGGUGGUCGUUUCGAAGGGUAUCUAUACGUUCUUUCUUGCCUGACAAUGCGUCUAUUUUGCGGUUUUCACUUUCAUUCCAGAUCCAGAUCCGAUCCAGAAUGCGACUUGAGUUUAUUAGCAUUAGCUUGUCCUCGUCCUGCGUGCGUGGUGUUGCUCCUGAAGCCGCAUCACGUUUUGUGCUUUACAAUCCACCACCUGGAUGUCGAUUUAUUCUCUGCCCUAGGUAUCCCACCACUCAAGGAUGCGUUGAUCAACGAGCCAGAGGACCACUUGAAAGCCGCAUCGGCCUGGAGUUUGGGGCAGAUCGGCCGACACUCCCCAGAUCACGCAAGAGCACUCGCAGAGGCCGACGUGCUGCGAAGAUUAUUGGCUGUGUACAAAUUUCUACUUUUUGUUUUUCACGACCACAAAACUCCGCUUGUUGUCUUGUUGACAAGCGUUCUUUUACUCAUUUUGCGCCGAAAAUGCGUGACAGACUCCGAGUCGGACUCCAUGUUGGACGAGAUGUGAUGAUAAAAUGAAACAGGUACUUGCACCAGGAUUCUAGUGAGGAUUUGAAGACCAAGGCAAAGCGCGCGUUGAAGUCUGUUAUCCAGAAGUGCACGCACUUGACCGCUUUGGAGCCGCUGCUGCAGGAGUCCCCGCCAAAUAUCUUGAAGUGCGCGAUAUAUAGAUGUUUGUCAUGGUGCACAAAUAGAAAUACUGAAUGUAGAGAAGAGCCACAUAUAUUUACACUACGCUGGUGCAGUGACUCACUUGAUAAAGUAAGCUAUCUCUCGUCGUUGCGUCAGUAGACCCGCAUUGUGUACCUGUCAUGCCUGUGGCACACAACAAUUAGUUCACAAAAAUCUUCCGUAGGUACGUUGUGCAGCAGUUCGCCAAGGUGUUACCGCACGACUUGCAAGCCAGGAGAAGCUUUGUCCAGUCUGGUUCCCUGCAAAAGAUCCAGGAAGUCAACGCCGAGGUAUCUAUAAGUUUGUGAUAGCUGCUAAGUACUAGGACUAGCACGUCUCUUUUGUGGUCAAUUUUGUCAUGCGUGCUGGCUCGCUUGAAUUUGGAACGAAAUCGAAAUUGGACUCUAUGAUGCCAAAACCACUACCCACCUCAACCAGGUUGGCUCCAAGCUCAAGGACUACAUUGACGAGAUCAACAACCUGUACCCGCCAGAGAUUGUCAACUACUACUCGCCGAACUAUGCGGAAACCCUGAUCAAGAAGAUGGACGAGUACUCGGCGCAGGCGAACUAAAAGCAUCUUUCUACCGCGAUGAACAACAACGGGUAAGAAAAAGAAAAAGAGAAAACAACUUCAGAUGAAUUUGGAUUCAACACACAACGAAAAAUCAGAAUCAGAACAACAGGUUAAUAGAGCAUCAAAUCGUCAACGCAGAGCAGGUAAUUUUCGCAAGAAAUACAACAGACACAGGUUUCAAAGUUUCGCCAGAAAAUAUUAAAGUUUAUAACGGUUAUAGACCUGGAUUAUAAACUAUGGCGUCAGACGGAAGUGAUUUCCGAUAAUCAGACAAAUUAUGACAGAUCAGACACUUAUAGCUAAGAUUAAUCAGACACUAACAUCAGUUUUGGAUGAAUCAGACUGGAUUCAGCAGGUAAUAUGUGUAAAUUUCAAGCAAAAAUAGCAGCAGACAGUAAUAGCAAUAAUCAGACAAAUUUUAGCUUGUUUAGUUCAGUGUUAAACAGUUUACAGAAUCUUAUCAGUAUCAGGAUUUACUAUUUGCACAGGUGGAUCUACAUCAGCAGAUCUCCACUUUUGUCACAGUAUCUGGAAAACGAGUAGUGUUUUCCUUUCAGACGAACUACUUACAAUACACGCAGACAAUAGACAAGAAUCAGACUGUAUGUUGGGAUAGCAAAGACCGACGCACGGAGAAAAUGCCUUUUAUAAUAUUCAACAAGAAAUUCUAGUUUUCCUGAUGUUUCAUCAUAUCCUAGUAUCUAACGCGCACGAGAACUCGCUACUCAAAGAACUUUCGUCACACCAUUGUGCGUGAUUUUUGAACUUGACACCUUCUUGAAAUGCACUACUUUUACGAUGAAAUUGUAAAAAGGAAAAGAAGACGCAUCACGUCGCAAAGCUGCAGCCGCCGCGGAAUGAAAAAACAGUAACAAGCAACAUCGCCAGAGCGCGGCGCCGUUUCCAUUUUUCGUUUUUCAAGCAGCUAGUGGCACUAGUCCACAACUUCGUGGAGCGACC